GCCUACCUACAGAGGUGGAGGGACGAUGCCACCGUCUCGUAAUAACGGACAGUGCACGACCUGACCGCGUCAUCGAAAUUAAGAAUAUACACCGUUAUUGCGACAUAUUGGGGCAGUAGAAGAAAGGGAAAGACAGUUUAUUCGUUUAAAAAAAAGAUCUUAUUAGAAAGAAAGGAAAAUACUUGAAACUGGAUGAACUCCCUGGCUCACAUCCACAAAAGUGAUUCUGUCAUUAUGAAGAAGAGCAAUUUAGCCAAACGGGGUCCCCAAGAUGUCAACCAGCUGUCAUCGCAGCCAGACAAAGUCGGCUGGAUCCGCAAGUUCUGUGGUAAAGGGAUUUUUAGGGAAAUAUGGAAAAACCGUUUCGUGAUACUGAGAGGAGACCAUCUGUACAUCUCUGAGAAAGAGGUGAAGGAUGAGAGGAAAGUCCAGGAGUUGUUUGACCUGGCUGACUACGAACGCUCUGAGGAGCUGCGCAAGGCCAAGAGCCGCAGUAAGAAGAACCACAGCAGGUUCACCCUGCUCCGCUGCAAGCAGCCUGGGAAUAUAGUUCCCAAUCUUGUGUUUUUAGCUGUUAGCCCUGAGGAGAAGGAGUCAUGGGUCAAUGCCCUCAAUACAGCCAUCAUCAAAGCCAAGAACCGCAUUUUUGAUGAGGUUACAAUUGAAGAGGACAGUGUCCUGGUGCACCCUACACGUGAUCGUGCCAAGAUUCCCCAUGCACGGCGCUUGCCCACCCGGGGACAUCUCUUGGCUGUGGCAUCCACCUCAUCAGACGGAAUGUUGACCCUUGACCUUGUCCACGAGGAAGAUGACUCCACCCUAGAAGAUGAGGAAGAAGGCUUCUGGGAAAAUAACUUCAGGGUUGACCUAGACAAAUGGACCACAUGUCGUCAGCGUUCUGGCACAGAUGUCUCCAAACUCUGUGUCACCACAAAGGACCUAAAGGUACCCAAGACGGGCAGCCUGCCUUGCGGGAGCGAGCUCUCCUGGGACCGGGUGCACCAUCUUGAGGCUCAAUCCCAUACCUCUCCACCAGGGAAGAGGUUCAGUGCCCAAGGUAGGAGCCGCUGCGCCUCCAUGGACGAGGUCCUUUCCUUGCGGCCAGUCAGGGGUGUCCUUCACCCUCACCCCAUAGGUGAACCUGUCCAGCCUGUCGGACCACUGCAGAGUCUUAUUGCCCAGAAAAUGCAGAGGGCUCAGGAGCUGCUGGAAGAAAUGCGAUUGGAGGAACUGCAGCGUGCAAAAGGCUUAGACUCGCCCUAUAUAAAGGGCAUUGACUCACCCCGUUUGUACCAUUUAAGAGGCUCCGAGUCUCCUCACUCCAGGGCCUCAGGUUCACCUCGCAGUAAGAGUAGUGACUCCCCUCGUUUGAGGGUGAAAGACUCACCUCGUUUGAGGGGGAAAGACUCACCUCGUACGAAGGGCAAGAAGUCCCGCUCAAAAGGUACAGACUCACCCCAUUCAAAGAGGGCUGACUCUCCUAAUUUGAGGGGUAACAACUCUCCCCGUCUCAGGGUUACUGACUCGCCCUGUAUGAAGGGUUCGGAUUCUUCCAGUUUCAAGGAAACAGACUCGCCAUGUCUGAAGGGUUCUGACUCCCCACGUCUCAAGAACAUUGGUUCACCCUUUUCAAAAAGUUUUGACUCAUCAAGUCUGAAGGGCUCUGACUCGCCUCGCAUCAAGGAUACUAUUCUGAGGGGUAAGGACUUGCCAAAUACAAUUGGUAAGAACUCCCCAAGUCUGAAGAGUAUCGGCUCACCUUCCCUGAAAGGUGCUGACUCGCCCCGUCUGAAGGGUAAUGACUCACUCCAUAGUAAGAGUGCACACUCACUUCUCAGUGACUGUGAUUUGGAGAGUAGACGGGUGGAGGCGGAGCGACUACUGCAGGAGGCCGUCUCCUCCUGGCGUCAGGCUAAGGAGGUGCUGGAGGAGGUGAAGCAGCUGCAGACGCAGUCACUAAACCGCCGCUCUGAAAAGAAGACAAUAGACAGUCCCCCAACACCACCACCGGACUAUAGGCUGGAGGACGCAUGCCUCUGUCGCCACCACAGCUGAAAAGCACGCUGGGUUGUCUUCAAACAAAGAGAAAAUAAAAGCGCACUUAGGGGCAUGGAGUAAAUACAUUUUUGUCACAUUUUGUUGUCAUAACAUGCCAGUGUGGAAGUACAAAGCUUUUAGGCUGUAUUGCUCCCUUUGCACUUUCCUAUCUUGAUCCUUGCAUUCAGAAAGUAUUCAGACCCCUUCACUUUUUCCACAUUUUGUUACGUUACAGCCUUAUUCUAAAAUAAGGAGAAUUGUUCAAAUGUAUUAUUUACAUAAGUAUUUAGACCUUUUGCUAUGAGACUCGAAAUUGAGCUCAGGUGCAUCCUGUUUCUGUUGAUCAUCCUUGUUUCUACAACUUGAUUGGUGUCCACCUGUGGUCAAUUCAAUUGAUUGGACAUGAUUUGGAAAGGCACACCUGUCUAUAUGAGGUCCCACAGUUGACAGUGCAUGUCAGAGCAAAAACCAAGCCAUGCGGUCAAGGAGCAGGAUUGUGUCGAGGCACAGAUCUGGGGAAGGGUACCAAAAAAAUGUCUGCAGCAUUGAAGGUCCCAAAGAACACAGUGGCCUCCAUCAUUCUUAAAUAGAAGUUUGGAACCACCAAGACUCUUCCUAGAGCUGUCCUCCCGGCCAAACGGAGCAAUCGAAGGAGAAGGGCUUUGGUCAGGGAGAUGACCAAGAACCCGCUGGUCACUUUGACAGGGCUCCAGUUCCUCGGAGGUCGGAGAACCUUACAGAAGAAUAACCAUCUCUGUAGCACUCCACCAAUCAGGCCUUUAUGGUAGUGUCCAGACGAAAGCCAUUCAUCAGUAAAAGGCACAUGACAGCACGCUUGGAGUUUGCCAACAGGCACCUAAAGGACUCUCAGACCCUGAGAAACAAGAUUCUCUGGUCUGAUGAAACCAAGAUUUAACAUUUUAGCCCCAAUGCCAAGCGUCACAUCAGGCACCGCUCAUCACCUGGCCAACACCAUCCAUACUGUGAAGCAUGGUGGUGGCAGCAUCAUGCUGGGGGAUGUUUUUUAGCGGCAGGGAUUGGGAGACUAGUCAGGAUCGAGGGAAAGAUGAAUGGAGCUAAGUACAGAGAGAUCCUUGAUGAAAACCUGCUCCAGAGUGCUCAGGAACUCAGACUGGGGCGAAGGUUCACCUUCCAACAGGACAAUGACCCUAAGCACACA